AUGGCAUCCCCGCCGGACACAAGCAAGACGAUAAAGAUUGAGCGUUACAAUAGUUACCUUCGCAGGCUACACAGCACAAAAGUAAUAAAUGCCUCUUCAAAACUUCUUUUCCGUGCCACACUCCUUGUUGCUCUUGUCUUGAUUCUCUUUUUUACCCUUAAUUACCCUCCGCUUUCUGAUAAUAAUCCCAAUCAUCCCCAUCUCCACCACCACAACUUCCUCUCCACUGCCUUCUUCACCUCCUCUUCCGGCGGUGCUGCCUGGGAGAAAAAGGUCCGUCACUCCUCCACUCCGAAAAGGCGAAAUGGGCUCUCAGUUUUAGUUACUGGGGCAGCUGGUUUUGUCGGUUCUCAUUGUUCUCUUGCUUUAAAGAAAAGAGGUGAUGGGGUUCUUGGUUUAGAUAACUUCAACAGUUACUAUGACCCAACACUUAAAAGAGCAAGACAGGAACUUUUGUUGAAACAUGAAGUUUUCAUUGUCGAAGGUGACCUGAAUGAUGCCUCAUUGUUAAGAAAGCUUUUUGAUGUUGUUCCUUUCACACAUAUCCUCCAUCUUGCGGCACAAGCCGGGGUUCGUUAUGCCAUGCAAAACCCACAAUCCUACGUGAGUUCGAACAUUGCAGGUUUUGUCAAUCUCCUUGAAGUUGCAAAGGCUGCAAAUCCACAACCAGCUAUUGUUUGGGCAUCAUCAAGCUCAGUCUAUGGGCUAAACACUCAAGUUCCUUUCUCAGAAUUGGAUAGAACAGAUCAACCAGCAAGUCUUUAUGCAGCUACAAAGAAAGCAGGAGAAGAAAUUGCACAUACUUACAAUCAUAUUUAUGGCCUUUCACUCACUGGAUUAAGAUUCUUCACAGUUUAUGGCCCAUGGGGUAGACCUGAUAUGGCUUAUUUCUUUUUCACAAAAGACAUCUUGCAAGGUAAACCAAUUGAUGUCUACCAAACUCAAGAUGACAAGCAAGUGGCUCGUGACUUCACCUAUAUUGAUGAUGUUGUCAAAGGGUGUGUUGGGGCAUUGGACACAGCGAAGAAAAGCACAGGAAGUGGUGGCAAAAAGAAAGGGCCUGCACAAUUGAGAGUUUACAAUCUUGGAAAUACCUCACCGGUUCCUGUAGGGAAUUUGGUGUCAAUUUUGGAAGGGUUAUUGAGAACAAAAGCAAAGAAACAUGUGAUCAAGAUGCCCAGAAAUGGGGAUGUGCCUUAUACGCAUGCUAAUGUGACUUUAGCAUUCAAGGAUUUUGGGUACAAACCGACCACAGAUUUGGCUACUGGGCUGAGAAAAUUUGUCAAGUGGUAUGUUAAUUAUUAUGGGAUUCAUACAAGGGUAAAGAAGGAUAGCAACAACAAGAGUGAGCAUCCCGAGGAGUCAACUUAA